AUGUCCGAGGCUCUAAACUCCAGCGCGGAGGUCGCUGUACAAGCUACCAAUGUUCGGGCAGAACUGAAAGUCUGGGAGAAAUCAUUUGCCGCCGCAAAUGGGGGCAAAAAGGCCGGACGCGACGACAUCAAACAGAACGCGGAAAUCGCGGCCAAAUACAAGGAAUAUAGCCGUCUCAAGGCUCUAGAGUCGUCUCUGAGUCGACGUGAAAACCGCCGACACGAACCAUCGGACAGCCACUCCAAGAAGCGGAAACAUGCAUCGCCCCCCAACCAAGACGCAUAUCAGCAAUCUACGCCACGCAAAUCGUCCAGAGGUCUUUUCGCAACUCCUUCCAAUGAUCGCACCAAGAUCCUUCCUGCAGACAUCGAUGCCUAUGACUCGCCAAACACCCUGCGCAGGCUCUUCAGUCCCACCACCCAUCGCCAAGGACAGCCUGCGCCAUCGCCGCUAAAGGCUGCGAUUGGACCAACACCACAGCGUGAUGGAAAGACUUUGGGCUUAUUCGACAUGCUCUCUGAGUCCGGAGGAAGUCGUGAUACACCUUCUGCCAAGAGGCAGUCCAACAAUCUAGCUGCGGCCUUCCGAACCCCUUCCAAACGAAGGCCCGUAGAAGCGAUUCCAGAGCUCCCAGAGGAGGAGGAGCCGCAGCAGGAGACGCCUAGACUUGCGCGAACACCGGCGUCCGAGACGAAACAAUUUUAUCUUGCGAGUCUGUUCGCAACGCCCACAACCAUGCGCUAUGCAGCAAUGGUAGAAGCAGAGGAUAACAAGGAAUCGCAGUAUAACGAGCUGCAGAAUCUUGCGCCUCAAAUGUCCCCUCCGGCAGCUCAAUCGGGUACACCAUCAUUUCUUCGCCGCUCUAAUUCCGGCCGAUAUCCUCCUCCUAACGCUGGUGUCGACGGACCAGGGCUCAGUCCUAUUGCAUCACGCAAACCACAAAGAUUUGCCAGCAAAGGUCUCUCUCACUUGGUCCAAGGCCUACGAGAUAUGGAAGAAGAUCGCAUUGAAGAGGAUUGGGAUGUGAUGCGCGAAAUGGAAGAAGAAGCAGAAGCAGAAGAAGCCGCCAGGUUGCAAGGAGAGGAUAGUCAACAGCCAGACAUCAACCGGAAGUACAAAAAGAAGGGCCAGAAGCGGACUACUCGACGGGUGAUCAUGAGACCGGUUACCCAUCAACCGAAGCCCAAACCAGAUACCAGGACGACAGAUGCCAAUGACUCAGGCAGUGACGAUGAGCUCGCUACCGUCCCAGAGACACAAAUUGCGCCUGCGGUUGAAGAAGAAUGGGAUGAUGUGCCGAGUGAUAUCGAGCGUGCUGAGAAUGCCGCUUCUGCUCCUGUCAUGUCUGAGCCUGAAUUUGAUACCGAGGUAGAAUUUGAUCAGGACUCAGAUGAUGAUCCUGAAUUCGGGGAGACGAAAGCUGCUGCUAAGCCGAAGAGCUUCUCAGAACGUAUCAAGGAAGCUGUUUCGUCGUCUGCUGCGAAAAAUCCGGAGCCACCGGCUUUGGGUAAACCUCCAAAGGCCUCUGAGGCUGUGGAGAAGAAGCCUCGUCCUCGGAAGAUCAAUGCUCAGGCUCAUGCGAACUAUCGGUCGGUCAAUAUCAACCGUGGUGGUUCUUCUCGUGGUAGGGGAGGACGGUUUCGACGGAGAUAG